AUGAGUUCUUCGGCUACGCCUCAAGAUGUACGAGCCUCUGGUAGACGGCUAACUCCUCCUCGGUUCGAAGAAUUUGAACUGCCUUCGACCUUUGAGUCACUUACACCUUUGCCUCGAUUUUCCUCUGCAUCCGUCAUAGAGGAAACAGAGAAUGGAAACGCCUACCUGGAUGUCUUUGCAGAAGUUACCGACGCUGACGAAGUCUUUGCCGAGCAGUGGGAAUCUGUAGCAACCGGGCAGUCUACAACGCCUCUGCUGAAGCGCAUCGGUUCCUUCGAUUUCGUUACAGGAGGAGUCAAUGAGUCAUCAUCGAUACCAAAGACCCGGACAAUGUCGACUAUCACUACAUUGGAGCCAGUCGAAGAGGACAAGCAGCCGGCCUGCGCUUCUUUCUGCAGGGCUCCUGCGUAUGUGGAGCUGCUCUUCGAUGCAGAGACUCCUUAUGCCAGCGACGAAGAUCUAGCCAACCGCAGAACGUUUGCUGGCUCCAGAUCUGCUCGAUACCAGUGA